AUGCCCGUUGACUAUUUAUCUGCUUCACCUGACGAUAGGAAGGCAUUUGAAUCUGCUUUUUUGAAUUUACUGAAACUUCAGACUAUUGGCAAGAGAAUUCAUGCCACCGAUAAUAUGGAGAAAGAAGGCUUGUAUCCUAUUCAAGCUCUCGUACAACCCGUCUCUCUGCGAUUUAAAUAUCAUUUUGAAGGUACACGACAAACGAAUCGACUUGACAAGCCCGAGUGGUAUUUUACUCAUAUACUGAAUGUCGCACAUGAACACCGUCGAUUCAUGGAGAGUAUCAUACAAACGAUUUUGUCAAAUACCGAGUUUUGUGAAAUAAAUGCCUGGCAAGAGUUUACGCUACUCCUAUUGCCGCUGAUUGAGCGCAAACUGCGGCGCACCAUCCCUUCUCUCCUUGCCCAUCCUUCCAUACUAGCCCAUACCAUCUACGAAGCCCUCGCAUUUGAUACGGCCUUGCGGGAUGAGAAUUUUGACCUUGGUGGUACGUCUGCUCAGGGUAGAACACCUGAACGAGGCGAACAGGGCAAGGAAGAUAAGGACAGAAAUGCAAGGUGGGAGGGCACCAGCAACAUCAUACUGGGUAAUCAGGAGUGGUUUGAGACGUGGAUGGAAGGUGAACGAAAAUUUGCAAUGGAACAAUAUAUGGAGGUCAUCACUGCGGCUGAUGCAUGGCUUAUUGCGGACGAUGAUGGUCUUGAGGAUGACACAGUAAAUUUUACUCGUGAGCUGAAGCCUACGAUCUCUGCCAGAAGAGUGAAAGCACUGGUUGAACAAGUCACAGACCGUUAUUCCCCGCUUCCGCAAUUCCUGCAUCGCACCCGCUUCCUCAUUGCCGUACAGCUGCCCAUCCUCGAAUCGUAUCAGUCGCGGAUAUCUUCGUCUUUGGAUGCUUUUGAAACGCUCUCUUCUAGCUUUAUGCGCGCGGUCCCUGGGGCGCUUGGCAGUGUAGGCGUAAGCAGUGAGGGAACACGGCCAGGUGACUCCAAGAGAUUGACAUCUGGCGUCGAAGGGGUGCAGAGAUUGAGCAAAGCGCUCAUCAGCGCAAAGUACAUGGGCGCAGCUUGUGAAGCUUGGGGAGAAGAUCUGUUCUUCCUUGAAUUAUGGACCGAGAUCAGUCGUCGAGCAUCGCUGCGUUCCCGCGUUCAAGCAGAGCGCGCUUUACCUGAUCUUAAGGAGGGCGAAAUUGAAGCACCGGAUGGUAUCAUUUUUGAGGAAUUAGUGACGCAGUACGGCAAACUGGUGGAACGUGCAGAAGACAUGAUUACACAUUCCGUUUCUGGCGAGAUAGAAACCGCCUUGAAAGCUCACUUCUCCAGUGGCUCUUCAACGCAAGUCACUCCAAAUGCGAAUAUGAGCAUACAAGAUGAUAUCGUCCUCUCUCCUACUUUGCUUGGCCCUAUUGCUAUGCUCUCAUCUCAUCUCACCUUCCUCCAGUCAACUCUUCCUCGUGCAACCGUGACUAACCUAUAUCGCCGCAUCGCCUCACACAUAUCAGAGCACAUUCUCCAGCGCCAGAUCUUCUACCGUGGUCGAGGGCGUAUCAGCGCACAAGAGGGCAAAGCUAUCCUAGCGGAGAGCGAACUUUGGGUCGAAACCUGCCAGCUCGCCUUUGCGCGCAAUGAGAGAGCCAGGGUGGAGGGCCCUUGGAGAGGCCUGCUCCAAGCAAGCCGGCUGGUGGCAUCAGAAGGGAUUCGUUGGCAAAAGUUGGUAGAUGUGACAUUUGGCGUCACUUCAGACCCCGAAUGGCAACAGGUAAUGAUGGAAUCCAGUGGGUUUGCUGACUUGAGCAGAGAUGAAGUGAGACAAAUUUUGAGCACCAGAGUAGACUGCGAGCGGUAA